GAUGCUUGUUAUAAUGAUUAUAAUGAUAACGAUAUUGGAAUUGGAUCUAGCAACAGCAAAAAAGGAAAAGAAAUAGAAAGGGUUGAAGAAACCCAUUACAAUCUUCGCCCUAGAAGACCAGGAAAAAAUUAUAAGGAUGGUUCUUCAAUACAUACACCAAAAAGGAAAAAACGUUAUCAUUAU